AUCACUAUCUUUCCCUUUCAGCACAGAGUAUGGAACAGAAGUAUGUUUUGGAAUGUACCUAUGGCAUCGUAAUCUGCCUGUCCAUCGCCCUACUCGUGUCAUCGGAUGCAAGCAUGAAUGAGACAAAGACUUGUUGUACGGACAGAUUCGGCCUGAAUUACACCUUACCAAUGUUCUUUGAGUGUCAGAAGAAAGGACACCUCAAUGGCAGUAUGGUACAAACCAUCCCAAAGCUUAUCCCUAAUUCAUUAGGAGGAGGCGGUUGCCCAAGAAGGGAGAGUAAACUUGGUGUUCCUCCUGGACGUCGAGUCUGCAGAUUUCCGGAUUGCGACAUUAAUCCAUGUGAAAACGGCUGGUGUGAGGAGACUAUGACCGGAUAUAGAUGUCACUGCCCUAUCGGAUUUCAAGGAAAACAAUGUCAUGAACUUGACACAAAUCCGCCUGCAACAACCCAGGGAAUUUUUGUUACCUGUUUGAAGGAUAUCACAGUAACCGUCGAGCUUGGUACUCCGAAUAAGUCGAUAGAGUUCACCCCACCAUCGGCUGUCAAUAGAGAAGGAACUGUCGUCCUGGUCUCUCAGAACUAUAUAUCGGGUGAUGAUUUCCCAGUCGGGUCAACUCUCGUUGAGUACAUCUUUGCUGAUGAGAGCGGAAACCAGGCAUCUCUUUGUACCUUCAACGUCAACGUCAAUACAGUCGAUACCACCCCUCCAGUGGUACAAUCCUGCCCUUCUAACCAGACAUUCUCAGUCCUCAAAACCACCACACCAAUCACUUGGACACCACCAACAGCCAGUGAUGCGUCUGGAAUUGCAUUCAUCGUCGCCAACUAUGAACCUGGAGUUAAUGUCUCCGUGAAUAGCCCCAUUAGCGUCAUCUAUACUGUGACCGACAACAGCGGCCUUGUAAACACAAACUGUUCUUUCAACAUCACCCUCGUAUCUGUAGAGACAGAAUGGGAAUGCACGUCCUCGAAAUGUUACCGCUUUGAUACAAGGUGGCUGAUGUGGCAUCACGCUCACAACAUCUGCCCGACCCUUGGACCGAUAACCACGGCUGCAGGAGACAGGACACCAUCCCUCCUAUUUGCAGAUACCGAAGAAGCGUCCCGGCUCGCCUUAAUACUCAAGCACGGAAAUGAUCUACGUGAUUCAUGGAUUAACUGUAAUGAAAUGGAAACCAAAGGGCUGUUCAUGUGCGACGUGGAUGGCAACGGAGCUGUGCAGAUUAACUCAACCAGUUGGUCAAGCGGUCACCCAACCGGCUACGGAAAUGAAAAAUGUGUAGCACUUUCCUAUCAUUACAAAUGGCGUGAUUUGCCCUGUCAUUAUGCUCGAAGCUCCGUCUGUCAGAUCGUUUUAUAAAAGACCGUGGGUAUUUUCCGGUCGCGAGGAAUAUUCAGGCAAAUAAUACACUGAUUGAACCAGACUGGAAAACAAAUAUGUGGAAAGGCGUGUAAAGUAUA